UCGCAAAGUGUCUCCCUUACUGCAGUCAGUAGUAAUCGUUUGGUAGCGCAAAGUACGGUAGUGCGAAAGAUGGCGGAAGGUGAAGAAACAGCUGUUCGGCUGCUGAGGAUGCAGUGGCAGGACUCUCCGGUCUGUGGUCCUGAGCUGUACCGCUACCUAGCGGAGCAGGUGCCCCGGAUCUACUGCACGAGUGAGAAGACGGGACUAUCCGAGGAGGAGGAGGAGAUGGUGGGGACCACCUUGCUGCGGCCCCUGGAGUGGUAUCUGUUUGGAGAGGACCCCCAGCUCGGCCUGGAGAAGCUGCAACAGGGCAGCGGCUCCUCUCAGCUCUGUGGCAGAGUCUUCAAGGAGGGAGAGACCACUUACACUUGCAGGGACUGUGCUAUUGAUCCCACAUGUGUGCUUUGCAUGGACUGUUUUCAAAACAGUGUUCAUAGGAACCAUCGCUACAAGAUGCAUUCGUCUUCUGGGGGCGGUUUCUGUGACUGUGGUGAUAUGGAGGCCUGGAAAACAGGGCCGUCAUGUAAGAAACACGAACCUGGAGCAGAAGGAGAUACGGACAUGGGAGCAGAGAGCCAGCUGGAGGACGGCCUGAUGGAGAGAGCACGAAUGCUGUUCCAGGUGCUGUUCAAAUAUACUGUUGACAUGCUGGUGUGGGAGGAGGGACAGGAGCUGCCUGCCGAGCUGCAGCCCAGUGUGAAAGAAGACACUUAUUACUGUGUGCUGUACAAUGAUGAACACCAUUCCUAUGACCAUGUGAUCUACACCCUCCAGAGGUCAGUUCAGUGUGACCUGGGGGAGGCACAGACCCAUACCAACCUCAUAGACAAAGAGGGUCGCAGAGCUGUGAAAAGGGGGACUUUGCAGGCCUGUCAGGAGGCAAAACAAGCCAUCCAGUCCAAUUCAGAACACAUCUCCCUGCAGCCUCUGCGAGUGGAGAUUCUGCACUCCGCUGUCAUGGCUCACCAGAGCUUUGCCCUGCGUCUUGGGACCUGGUUCCAGCAAGUUGUCAACUAUUCAGUUGGCUUUCGGCAGGUGUUCUGUCAAGUGUCCCUGCAGGCAGCACUGGACCCUGAGCUGCACUGUCUGAUCAGCAGGCUCAUGCUGUGUGAUGCUAAACUAUAUAAAGGAGCACGAAAGAUUGUUCACGACUUGAUUGUCUGCAGUUUGCUGAUGGAAACUGAAUAUAAGCGUCUGUUUGCUAUUGAGUUUGCCAAGAACUACAAGCAGCUCCAGGAAGACUUUAUAAAUGACGACCAUGAGAGAAGUAUUUCGGUGACAGCUCUGUCUGUCCAGAUCUUUACCGUCCCCACGCUGGCCAGGCAGCUGAUUGAGGAGGGGAACGUGGUCAAGGUGAUUAUUGACACUGUGAUGGAGAUGCUGUCUGAGCACCUGGAUGACAAUAACCGCUUCCACUUUCAGGGGUACAACUCUGAGAGGUUUUUCAGGAUACAGGUGGUCUUCCACGAUCUGAAGUACAUUCUGAUGAGUAAGCCAACCAUCUGGACUGAGAGACUCCGGCAACAGUUCCUGGAAGGUUUGAGAGCGUUUCUGGGAAUGCUAAAAUGCAUGCAGGGGAUGGAAGAAGUAAAGAGGCAGUUUGGGCAGCACAUAGAGGUGGAGCCGGAAUGGGAAGCAGGCUUUUCCAUUCAGAUCCAGCUGAGACACACCCUCUCCAUGUUCCAGGACUGGUGCACAGCUGACGAAGAGCUGCUGUUGCAGGGCUACAAGGAAUGCUACAACACUUUGAUGUCCUGUACUAAUCAGCCAUUCAAGAGUGAAGAAAUAGACACCCACAUGUGUAACCAUGUUCUGCGCUGCAAACCAUACAAAGUGUCCCAGGAUCCUGUUAGCAUCCACCUCCCAAUCUCCAGGCUUCUGGCUGGUCUAUAUGUCCAUCUUUGCAGAAGCGGUGCCAUCAAUAGAUUGCAUGAGUACCUGCCUGCGGGCUGUGACAUUGCCUACAUGGUGGAGUACCCACUGCGCUGUUUGGUGCUGGCAGCACAGGUAGCAGCUGAGAUGUGGCGGCGAAAUGGACUGUCUCUUGUUAGCCAGGUGUACUACUACCAGGAUGUAAAGUGCAGAGAUGAAAUGUUCGAUAAGGACAUCAUUAUGCUACAGAUUGCUGCUUCUAAAAUGGACCCCAACCAUUUUAUGAUACUAAUUCUACAGCGGUUUGAGCUGUUUGAGUUUUUCAACCGGAGUACUGUCAGCAGAGAUAAGGAACUUGUCAAGCAGUUAAACCGGUUGACAGAGGAAAUGCUCCAUCUUCUAAUCAUUAUUUUAGGUGAAAGAUACAUCCCUGGGAUCAGCAAUGUGACAAAGGAGGAUGUGACAAUGAGAGAAGUGAUCCAUCUGCUCUGCAUUGAGUCCAUGGCACACAGUGGCCUGGUCAAAGCCUUGCCUGACAAUGAAAACAAUGAAACUGGCCUGGAAAAUGUCAUCCAGAAAGUAGCAACAUUUAAGAAACCUGGUGUCUCUGGGCAUGGUGUAUAUGAACUGAAGAAGGAAUGUUUAAAGGAGUUUAACCCUUUCUUCUACCACUACUCCAAAUCCCAGCACAGCAAGGCAGAAGAUGCACAAAAGAAGAGAAGAAAGCUGGAGAACAGUGGCAAAGCUCUACCUCCUCCAGAACCACCCGAAUUCUUUCCUGCCUUUGCGAACAUUGUGAAUGUGUUGAACUGUGACGUUUUGAUCCAUGUGCUCCGAACAGUGCUGCGGAGAGCAGUGGAAACCUCAGGGAAGCUGUGGACUGAAGCCAUGAUUCAGAGGGUGCUCCAUCUGAUUGGUCAAGGGUUGCUAGAGGAAAAGCAACAGUUGGAGGCAAACAGGGAAGAAGUAGCCUUUGACUUCAGCCUCAAAGCAAGAAGAAUUGAACACGGCAAGUCUCUCCUGACUUUCUUAGAAAAGCUGAAAUUAGUCCCUCCUUUGGAGGCGCAGAAGGACAUGAUCACCUGGACGUUGCAGAUGUUUGAAAUAGUGAAGUGUCUCCGGGAGAAAUCAAGCCCAACUGCAACUGCAGCAAUGAGUAUUGAAACCACCGACCCAGGGGAGAGCAUUCAGGACAAGGAGAAAGCAGAAAGGAAGAGGAAGGCAGAAGCUGCUAAGCGGCAUCGACAGAAAAUCAUGGCCCAGAUGUCUGCCAUGCAAAAAAACUUCAUAGAGUCUCACAAGAUGCUGUAUGAGAGCACACCCCAGGCCCAGGGGCCAGGAGAGCCUUUUGUACCUGAGGACAGCUCUGCAAUGAUCCUGGGAGAAUCCAGAGUGGCUCUGGGCCCGAAACGUGGUUCUGGAGUUGUGGAAAGAGAAGCUCUGACCUGCAUCCUGUGCCAGGAAGAACAGGAGGUCCGAGCAGACAGCACGGCCAUGGUUCUGACUGCCUGUGUACAGAGAUCUGCUGUACUGACCCAGUGCAGGGGCAAAGUUUUACCCAACACAGAAACCUUCGAACCUCUGUUUAUGCACCCGGAUCUGGCCUGUGGUACACACACAGGAAGCUGUGGACAUGUCAUGCAUGCCCCCUGCUGGCAAAAGUAUUUUGAGGCAGUUCAGAACACCACCAGGAACCGCCUUCAUGCAGAGCUGAUCUUUGACUUGGAGAAUGGAGAGUACCUGUGUCCCCUCUGCAAAUCCCUUUGCAACACAGUCAUCCCUCUCAUUCCCCUGCAGCCACUCAAACUCAACUACGAUAAUGCAGAGUUAGUGGGACAGCUUCUGACAUUCCCCCGAUGGCUGGAGAUUGUCUUGGCCAGGAUAAAAGGGCUAAAGGCCACAUCACAAGCCAACGACGACAGUCAUGAAAUGGCAGAAAAUCCAUUUUUUAUGGAAAGUCCUGCAGAUUUUAGAUCUAUCCUGAGUUUUGGAGUCCAAGCAACAGCACGAUACUCGGAGAGCAUCAAUGAGAUGCUUGUUGUGUGUGCUACAGCUGCCUACAGGGUGGGGUUAAAGGUCGAUCCAAACGAGACAGACCCCAGAGUCCCACUCAUGUCAUGGAACACAUGUGCCUUCACUAUCCAGGCAAUAGAAAAUAUGCUUGAAGAGGAGGGGAAACCUCUAUUUGGAUCUCUGCAGAAUAGACAGCAUGCUGGACUGAAGGCACUGGUGCAGUUUGCUGCAGCUCAGAGACUUACCUCCUCACAAGCUGUAGUUCAGAAGCACUUCACUCAUCUACUCUCAGGUUUGAUACCUGAUUUAAAUGUUGAUGGGACAUCUUCAAUCCUAGAUAUUGAUCUGUUUCAUCUUUUGGUGGGCCUGGUGCUUGCGAUUCCAGCACUCUACCAGGAGGAGGCGGUGGACCUGCAGCCUUCUCCCAUCAGCUCAGCCUACAACCACCUCUACAUCGUCCAGCUGGUCACCAUGGCACACGUGGUACAGAUCCUCCUCUCUUCUGAUGAUCCCCCAGGGAUGCUGGGAGAAGAAGAGGGGGAGGAAUACAGAUCAGCAACAGAGCUGUACCAGACCCUAGUACAGUGUACAGAGGGGCUCAGUGGUGAUGUUCCAGGCUGGUGUCUGACAGACAGAGUAAGGAGAGGGGUGGCCCAAUUCCUCCGCUGUGCCGGCCUUUUCUUCAGCUGCCUUACUGGAGUUCCCCCACCCGAGGUGCUAUCAAGUAAUGAAGUUUCUCUCGAAGGACAGUUGGAGGCGCUGUGCAGUUACUUGGCUCUGCCCACUAACCUCUUCCAGCUCUUCCAAGACCACAAGGACACUGUAAUUCCAUUAUUGCACAGGUGGUGUGGCAAUCCAGCAGUUUCAACAGCUCUAAAUGAUACAAGUUCAGUGAUCCGGUAUCCAAGGAAACGGAACAAGUUGGUAGAACUUCCAGAGGAUUACAGCUGCCUUCUCAACCAGGCCUGUCACUUCAAGUGCCCCAGGUCAGCAGAUGACGAAAGGAAGCACCCCACCCUGUGCCUGUUCUGUGGGGCCAUGCUGUGCUCCAAUAGCAUAUGCUGCCAGGAGACUGUGGAUAGGGAGGUGGUGGGAGCCUGCGCGGCACACUCAGUCAACUGUGGAGCUGGCGUGGGAAUGUUCCUCAGAAUCCGGGAGUGUGAGGUGGUACUAAUGGGCAGUAAGACCAGAGGCUGCAUGUACCCAGCGCCUUACCUUGAUGACUAUGGUGAAACAGACCCUCAACUAAGGCGAGGUAACCCCCUACAUCUUUCUCCUGAGCGGUACAAGAAACUUUACCAACUUUGGCAGCAGCAUUGCAUCAUGGAAGAAAUCGCUCGCAGCCUGGAAGUAGUCAACGUCAUGUUUGCUUUUGACUGGCAGAUGCUCUAAGGAGAAAUGCCAAUUUGGCAGUGCUGAAGACCCCUUAAGCUUCACCCUUCCACACAUUAAAAUCAAUUUUAGGAAUGUUGGCUACUGGUUGCAGCCUUCAGGACGAACCGGCUGUCAAAAGGCUGUGGCUGCCAAGGGAGAGAAGGAAAGUACAAAAACCCAGGCUGCUUUUUUGUCAGUUUGCGUAAAUUGAAUUAGUUUGGAGGCUUCAAUCAGGGGAAGUGGGGACGAGUGGCAGCAGUUUCACUGAAAGCUGAAAUGUCAUGGUUAAAAAAUAGUGUGUGUCUCUGUGUGUGUGUGUGUGUGUGUGUGUAUAUAUAUAUAUGUAUAUAUUAAGGUUGAUUAGAAACUAUGUUUACCACAUUACCACACCAUAUCAUUGAUGUGGUAAACUUGCUUUCUAAUCACCCUGAAUAUAUUUACCUGCUUUUCAAUUGAAAUACUUCACUUCUCCCCAAGGGUUGCACAAAAAUGACUGUACAAACAUACAGAAUGACUGAAUGAUGCUGUUGCACAAUGUGAACCCUUACAAAACUGUUGCAGCAAAGAGAUAUUUCCCCUGUAAGUGUUCACAGGCAUAAUUAUUAGUCCAUUCGGAACUUUUUCAUUCUGAUGUUUAAAGACGUACCAUAGUAAAAUCUUUGUACUGCAGUGCUUCCAACUGUCUUAGCACUUGCAAAAUGUAGUCAAAAACAUGCAGGAAAGUGCUUGCUAACAAAAAUCUGUUGUGUGCUGUCUGUAUAUAUCAGAAUACACUUUUCUAUCUAUCUUUUAAAAUGGAUCCUCUUCACAGAAAUAAUGUACUGAAGUCUUUAACUUCCAUAGAUCUUGCACAAAGUAUGGUUACCAUGGUAUCUGUAUUAAUUCACUAAAUUAGUAAUACAAUCAUACAGGUCUAAGGGAACUUGAAUGAUAAUUUAAGAGAAAUCUCAAUGCAUAUAGAUAUGUAGUGAUAGAAUUGAUAGAAAUAUGUUUUAAUUGCAUUCACUCUUAAAGGACUAACUGCAGUUCUUUGCAUUUAACACUGACUUCAAGGUGCCUUGAAUAUGUGUUCACAAUUAAAGUUAAGGUGUUUGCAAUAAAUAAACAAAUGCCUCCUUUGAGAUCUCCUUCAUAAGACAAUUCCACCCUCCACACUGUUCAGUACAUACCUAAAAUGGGAAUUGGGAAUGAGUAGCCCUGGUGAGUGUUCAUGAUACUUUCAGCUUUUAAUGUACCAUACAUUUUAUUUCUCAUUUAUUGUGUUUUUUUUUUCUUUAGUUUUCCUUUGUGUUUUAAUUUUUAUUUUAUCCGUAAUGUUCAGAUACUCAGGAAAUGUGUACAAUAUGGUAAUCUUUCUUGAAUAAAGUACUGUUUGCUGCAAAUUAUACUUUUAGAGAAAGGAGAAAGAAGGAUCUUAAAAUGUGCAUUUUGUUUUUGCUUAGAGCCCAACGGCUACAUUCUGUUUUAAUCAAACAAUCACCACUUGGCAUUUAUUGGUUAUGUAAUGUUUUAAUGAAAUCAGUGGUUCUCAGC